GCCCGUGGCCGGGGCGCGGGCAGCUCCCCCCUUGCCCCCACGCAGGGGCCGGGGGCCCCGCACCGCGCCCCGCACCGCCCCACCAGGGUGGCCGUAAGGGACCCAUGCGUAUGGGCACAGCGCGGGUUGUAAAGGUUUUGAUUAAUGUGACUUUCUCAUAAACAUACAACAAAGGAGAAAAAUGAAGGACCGUUUUGCAAAUUCCACAGAAAAGGACCUCUCCGAUGAUGAAUCUGCAAGCAAGGGAUAUGACAACCCUUCUUUCCAACAUGACGAAAAUCUUGAACAAAGUGACCAAUUAAACCCCAAGAAAAAAAAGAAAGAAAAUGAGAAGCCAGAAAAACAGGUGGUUGGCAUUUUUGAAUUGUUUUGCUAUGCUGAUUGGGUGGAUGUCCUCUUGAUGGUAGUUGGUUUGAUCGCAGCAGUUGCAAAUGGUACUGGAUUGCCACUUAUGAUCAUUGUCUUUGGAGAGAUGACAAACAGCUUUGUGCUAAGUGGUGUGAAAUCGAAUGUGUCAGAAGAUACUUCAGUAAAUAGUUCCAGCUGUCCAUCAAUUCCAGGCAUAGAUAUAGAAGGCGAAAUGACAAAGUUUGCUUACUACUAUGUGGGAAUUGGCUGCGCUGUGUUGAUCCUGAGCACCAUCCAAGUAUGGACGUUUUUGAUUGCUGCUACGAGGCAAACAGCCAGGAUCCGGCAGAAGUUCUUUUAUGCAGUGCUCCAUCAGGAGAUGGCUUGGUUUGAUACUACCCAGAUAGGAAUGCUGAACACCAGGCUGACAGAUGACAUCAACACCAUCCACGAAGGCAUCGGAGACAAGAUCUGUAUAUUUGUACAGUUUUUUGCCACGUUUCUGGCAGGGAUUAUUAUAGGAUUCAUCCAUGGGUGGAAGCUGACACUGGUGAUUUUGUCAGUCAGCCCUCUGCUUGCUGCGUCAGCAGCAGUUUGGUCAACUCUUCUGGCAUCACUCACUGCUAAGGAGCUGUCUGCUUAUGCCAAAGCAGGAGCUGUGGCAGAAGAAAUUUUGACAGCAAUCAGGACUGUUGUGGCUUUCAAUGGACAGCAGAAGGCAUUAGCAAAAUAUGAUGCUAACUUAGAGAUCGCUAGAAGCGUUGGAGUGAAAAAAUCCAUUACCACUAACAUAUCUCUAGGUGUUUCACAAUUUCUUAUCUUUGGAUCCUAUGCGCUUGCAUUUUGGUAUGGAACCAAGCUCACUGCCGAGGAAGAAAAUUAUGACAUCGGCCGUGUGUUAAUUGUGUUCUUCUCUGUGCUCAUCGGAGCCUUCUCCCUGGGCCAGGCAGCUCCCAACCUGGAGAGUGUGGCUAAUGCACGUGGGGCUGCCUAUGAAGUGUAUCGGAUUAUCAAUAAGAAGCGGCUCAUAGAUAGCAGUUCUAAGGAAGGCUACAAACCAGACAAGCUCAUAGGAGAAAUUGAAUUCAGAAACAUCCAUUUCAAUUACCCAUCCAGACCUGAUGUUAAAAUCCUCAAAGGUCUAAACUUGAAAGUUCAAACUGGGAAGACCAUUGCUUUAGUUGGUGCCAGUGGUUGUGGAAAAAGCACUACUGUUCAGUUGCUGCAGAGAUUCUACGAUCCUGUCCAGGGAGAAAUUACCUUAGAUGGUCGAGAUAUUCGGACGCUUAAUGUAAAGUGGCUGCGAGAAAAUAUUGGCAUUGUGAGCCAGGAGCCUGUUUUGUUUGCAACAACAAUAGCCGAGAACAUUCGCUACGGCCGAGAAGAUAUUUCUGAUGCUGAAAUUGAGCAAGCAGCCAAGGAAGCCAAUGCUUUUGACUUUAUAUCUAGACUGCCUGAUAAAUUUAACACCAUGGUAGGGGAAAGAGGGGCUCAGCUGAGCGGGGGACAGAAGCAGCGAAUAGCUAUUGCCCGUGCCCUGGCAAGAAAUCCCAAGAUUCUCCUUCUGGAUGAAGCUACUUCUGCACUAGAUACUCAGAGUGAAUCCAUAGUGCAAGCAGCUCUCGAUAAGGCUCGGACUGGUCGUACCACUAUUGUGAUUGCUCACAGACUGUCCACCAUCAGGACUGCUGACACUAUUGCUGGAUUUGAGAAAGGCGUCGUGGUUGAACAAGGAACACAUAGUGAACUCAUGUUGCAGAAGGGACUCUACUAUUCUCUUGUAAUGCAGCAGGGUUGUAGCAAUAAUGUUCAAGAUGAUGGAACAUCAGAUGAAAGUGAAGACACAGGGGCUGAGGAAUAUGAGCAAAUUGACAGAAAUUAUCUUGUGGAGGAGCUGGCUCUUCAAGAUCAUUUUGAAGAAUCAGUGUUCUCUGGGAGAGGCAGCAUUCGAAGAAGAUCUAGCAGAUAUAAAAGCAAGAGGUGGUCUUCUAAGAAAAAAUCCUCUGGAAAAAAGAAAAAAAAAGAGUUGGAGGAAGAAAAUCUCCCUGCUGUGCCUUACUCAAGAAUUCUGGCUCUGAACAAACCUGAGUGGCUAUAUGUACUGCUGGGAGUGAUUGCUGCUGCCAUCUCAGGUGGGGUCCAUCCUGCAUUUGCUGUUAUAUUUGGAAAAAUCAUUGGGGCUUUUCAAGAAACAGAUCCAGAAAAAAGGAGUAAAAACACUUUGGUGCUUUCUUUAAUGUUUCUUUUACUUGGAGUGAUUACCUUAGCAGCAUACAUAAUCCAAGGAUUCACAUUUGGGAAGUCUGGGGAAAUACUAACAAUGAGACUGCGCUCUUUGUCCUUCAGAGCGUUACUUCACCAGGAGGUUGGAUGGUACGAUGAUCAGAAAAAUGCUGUUGGCAUUCUGCUAACGCGGCUUGCCACAGAUGCUUCCCAAGUGAAAGGGGCAACUGGAAGCCGACUUGGACUGAUGACUAUGACUGUCUUUACCCUUCUGACUGCCAUCGUUAUUGCUUUCGUAUACGGCUGGCAGUUAACUUUGCUUAUCCUGGCCUGCAUUCCUUUCGUUAUUGCUACAAAUGCUGCGAGAGUUAGCUCUGUGUCUGGUCAUGCCGCAAAAGAUCAAAAAGCUUUGGAAGAGGCUGGAAGAAUUUCAACAGAGUCAGUUGAAAACAUAAGAACUGUAGCUUCACUGACCAGGGAAGAAGCAUUUUAUGAAAGAUAUGUUACAAGUUUGAAUGGUCCAUAUAGAGAUUCUCUGACAAAAGCCUCUUUCUAUGGAUUUACCUAUGGAGUAGCUCAGUGUGCAAACUACUUUAUUAACGCGGCAGUCUUCAGAUUUGGGGCGUGGCUCAUUGCCCAUUGUCUGAGCAACUUUGAAAAUGUGUUUAUAGUCUUCUCUUCUGUCAUAUUUGCAGCCAUGAAUGUUGGUCAGUCUGCUUCCCUGGCACCAGAUUAUGGCAAAGCUAGAAUGUCAGCUCAGAGAAUCUUUCAACUUUUGGACAGAAAACCUCUAAUUGACAGUUACAGUGAAGAAGGUGAAAAAUUGAGCAAUUUUGAAGGCAACAUUGAAUUCAGAAACAUCCAUUUUGUCUAUCCAACAAGGCCAGAAGUUCAAGUUUUGCAAGGACUUAAUGUGAAGGUUAACAAAGGACAAACUCUGGCGUUAGUAGGAAGCAGCGGCUGUGGCAAAAGCACAUCCAUUCAGCUCUUGGAGAGAUUUUAUGACCCUGCGGAAGGACAAGUGUUAGCAGAUGGAUUUGAUACCAAAUCUUUGCAUUUACAAUGGCUGAGGUCCAGACUGGGCCUGGUGUCACAGGAGCCCAUCUUGUUUGACUGCAGCAUUGCCGAAAAUAUUCGAUAUGGAGACAACAGUAGGGUGGUUAGUCAGGAGGAAAUUGAAGAAGCAGCUAAAGCAGCAAAUAUUCAUACCUUCAUUGAAAACCUACCGGAGAAAUAUAAUACCCGGGUGGGUGAGAAAGGAACACAACUUUCUGGAGGUCAAAAACAAAGAAUAGCAAUUGCCCGUGCUCUGGUUCGUAAUCCUGCCAUUCUGCUUCUGGAUGAAGCUACUUCUGCUCUUGACACAGAAAGUGAAAAAAUCGUCCAGAAAGCUCUGGAUAACGCCCGGCAAGGUCGAACCUGCAUCGUCAUUGCUCACCGCCUGACAACCAUACAGACUGCAGACAUCAUUGCAGUGAUCCAGAAUGGCAGGGUGGUUGAGUUGGGCACCCACAGCCAGUUACUGGCAAAGGAAGGACACUACUAUGCCCUUGUGAAUGCACAAGUCUCUAAUUAAUACUAUUUGCAGACUUUUUAAUAUUUUUUUUCUGGGAAGACAUGAAAAUGAAAAUUCUCUUACAGAGAAUUAAGGUUGGCAGUGUCUGUUCGAAUGGAGCUGGGACCAUAUGUUGCAGCCUGGUUGCUGUACCUGGCAUAGCCCUGGCCCCACGCGCCCAUGGGGCGAGGAGUGCAUGCCCUGGGGUGGGUCAUGGAAGGUGCACAGGGAAGUCCCAGGAGCUGAAUCUGCUGGGCAGUUGUGAGGAUCGUGUGAUCUGGAGGGAGCCAGACUUGGGGUAGUCUCUUCCACACCAUGGCUCAGGCAGGGCACCUUGCUCUCACUGUCUCCCCCAAACCCUGGCCCAUACCAGGUGUCAUAGACCAAGGCAGUAUCAGAGUUUGGCAGUGAUUAAGCAUCAUGGAUAAGCAGCGAGUUGGUGCUUGUGCUUGCCUGUUGGGUUUCUUCACCAACCAGCGGCAGCCAUAAAGUCAUCUUAAUUAAAAGAUGACUGUCAAGUCUUAUUGACUGCUGAGAUUUCAAAUAAAGGCAUUUAUAUUAAAAGAGAAGGGAUUGGAUGUGUGGGCUUGGGUUUUUCCCCACUUUAUGCCAUAUUUUUAUUAUUACUGUGCCUCACGCAUUUCUUGAAGAUUCAAUAUUCUAUCUCGGAUUAUUGUACUACUUAUAAGCUUUCCGUAUAAACUGACGUAAAAGAUAGCAUUGUUUUGUUCAGUAUUUUUCAAUUGCUGACCAAACAAUUUAAUUGCUCUUUGCAUUCAUCGGGGUAACUUCAGAAGUCUUGUGGGGGAGCUAGGAUGGCUUCUUUUGGAGUGGACUCGCAUCAGCCAUGUAAAUAGCUUUUCUUUAAAAAAAAAUAAAAAUAAAAAGUGAUUUUCAAAUGAAAUCCUUUAUUUUUAAUACAUGUGGCACUUAAGGAUGUGGUUUAGUGGUGGACUUGGUAGUGUUAGAUUAACAGUUGGACUUCAUGAUCUUAAGGGUCUUUUCCAACCCAAAUGAUUCUAUGAAUAAUUUUAAAGAUUGUUUGAAGUGUUGGCAAAACUCGUUUACACAUGUUCUUUAAUAAUUGGUUAUUCCUCUGAUAUAUUCCUCAGGGUGCAGCAGUACAUCAUUCAACAGUUGAAGAAUGUGUACUGUGUAGUCAGAAUGACUCAGCAGCUGGUUUUUUUGGCUUGUUAAACCCAAUUGCAGCAUUUUAAUUUUCCAAGGCUUUGCACGUGGCUUUGGGUUAGGGUUUAUGGCCUGGAGCAACCUGCAGUACUUUAUAAUUUCCAGAUAACUUUGCUCAAUUGUAGCAGACAAAACUUACAGUAAUGACUAUCUCCUUCGCUUAUUUCAAUUGUUUUCCGGCAUCAGGAUCCAUGAGAGGAAUAAAACACACAAAAGAAAACCAAUUCGGGUCUCAGCUUUGCCAAAAGACAGUUGCUCUCCCUCACACAGUUUUUUCUCAGGGACCUUUACAAGAAGAGUUAUCACUCAUUCAGGCACCCUUCUUGUGUGACAUCUUCACUUUCUCAUUAUAGGCAGAUACUACAGGAGCUGCUGCCCUCAUUACAGUCCCAAUUAUCCAGUGUGGGCUCCAAUUAAUUCCCUUUUCCCUGUUUUGUUUCUGCACUAGAGUUAAAAUUACAAGAAGUUUUGAAAAUAAAAUCUCUUCUUUAAUCAAGAAAUCUUUUGGGGAAAGAAAGAGGGGGUUUCGUACUUUUGGAUUAGAUGUAUGUAGUUUUCAUUACAAUUGUAAUGAAUAAUAUUUUAAUAUUACAAUUCACUAUAAUCUAUUACAGUAACAAUUGGGAAUUAAUUUAUAUAUUUAAACUGAGGAGAUAACAGUCACUAAAGUAAGGCUUUAUAACAUAAUGAUUCAUCUAACAUCUGGGGCUAGUUAAUAGAGCAUCUUUGUGGAAAACACUGCAUUCGCAUCCAUGCAGAUAACAGAAGUAUCCAAAAUGUGUUUCCUUCCCACCAGCUUGGAAUUAUUUACUGGCAUAGGGGCAGGAGCAGUGAGGAAAUAUGCGCUAUUUGACCUGGAAGGUGCUGAAAGAGCUGCAGAAGGGUCAGCCUAGAAAAAUGAGUUGUGUGACUUGCAUUUCCCCUUAUUUGCUCUUUCAGAGGUCAACAUUACCUACCAUGGAAAGAAAAGCGGCUACACUUGCAUCCCUUUUGGCAUAUUCCUCACUCUUGUUUUAUGCAGAGCAUUCUCAUGCUGCGAUAGCUGGUCAGCUAUGUAUGUUAAGGAUUGUUCCUUUCAGAAAGGCAGGCGUGGGUUUUGUUUGGAGCCAGAAGGAGCAGGUGCCGAUGCCAUGAUGGAGCUGCUCUGGGCUGUGGCAGCCAGGUGGGGAAGGAGCCUGACAGCUGUGCCUCUGCUCAUAUGUGAUUGAAAAAGGGAAAUAGCAAAACACAACUGAAGUAAAUAGUGUUGAUUUACUGAAGUUCACAAGUGAGAUCUUAUGUAACAUAAGAACAUGCUUUACUGAUUUAUCUCAGCAUAAACAUAAAGCCCUCUUUAAAAGAUCAGCCACAGAUCUGAGAAAAACACCAGACAGAGAUGGUGAGCAAGAAAACAGAGCAAAAUCCCAGCCACCUGUAAGAAUGACCAAAAAAGCACACUACUGCAUGCCUGCUAAAAGACAGACUGAGCCGGAUGACUUUACUGACUCUGUGAGAUAUAAAUAGAUUAACACACUCAGCUUGUAGGCACUAACAACAAACUCUGAUGGUUUAUUUCAGACCAUUCAAGUCACCUUCCCAGCUGGAUAUGCCUAUACAGCUUGCAGGCUGGCUCUGAUUAAAAGCAAACCUAAAUUUGGACAAAUGCAUGUUAAAAGCACCUUUUCAGCACCAAACCCUAGACUGAUAUAGAGAUCAAAAGAAUUAUCCCUGACGGAAAAGAAAAGCCUAUGAGGAUUGUCAUGGUUUAACCCCAGCCAGCAGCUAAGCACCAGGCAGCUGCUCCCUCGCCUCUCCCUCCCUCAAGGGGAUGGAGAGGAGAAUGGAAAAAAAAAUAAUCAUGGAUUGAGAUAAAGACAGUUUAAUCAGAUAACAAAGGAAGAUAAUAACAGUAAUAACAAUAAAACAAGUGAUGCUCAGGAUAUCAAUUGUAUCUUAAGAGCAGAAGAUGUGCCCCAUCACUCUUCCCUAUGCCUCUACCCCAGGUGCCAGAGUUAAAAAAAGACUUCCCUUAUCCCUGCCCAAGCAGGGGCUAGUGCUCUCCAAACAUGCUCACAAUAUGGUGAGUUGCUGCUGGUGUCACUGGGGACCUCACCCCUAAGAUGACUGCUAGGAGGAUAGCGAUGAAGGAAACACAUCAGCCUAGGCUUGACAAAGAACACCAAAGGCCUUGUUCAUGACCAGAUGAGAAGAACUUAGUCCAUACACUGGGUUUAUGACAGCACUGAUUUAAGUCUCCUAGGGAAUUACUAAGGUAUGAUGUCCCAAAAAAAGAGUGUGAAGACUUCAGAGAAGAUGUUCAUUGGGGAUUUGGGAGAAAGAACUGAGAGUUUCUUAACCAUUGUUAACCUCAUUGUAGUAUCAUACAUAGCUGUUAAGUUUGUUUAAAACUUUGCAAUCGUUAGUCUAGUUGAAACGUUAAUUACUAAUGAGACUGAAGCCCCAGAGAUGGGAUAAGUAAUUCACAGAAGCGUGUGAACUAGAGGGCUCAGAACCUGAUUGUCCUUAUGGCCUCAAACAGCUACAUCCGCACCAGUGGGUGUGGAUGUUUCCCAUUCCUGGAUGUGCUAUUUCAGUAUGAAAUACCUGUCGGCAAUUCAGGAAUAAUGCUGUUUGCAAAAAAGUAAAUGAAUAUAAUGUUUAUCAUCACAUGUUUUUUCCCAGAUGACUACUUUCCUCUGCAUCCUAUAAAAUUUCAAUUUAUAUUCAUCUAAAACCUGCAAAGUAUGGAUCCUCAUAAAGAAGUUAUUUAAUAAUGCUGGUUGUAUGGCAAGAAGGAAAGCUUUCAUUAAAAUUGCAAUUCGCAACUCUUGUACUUUUAGAAAAAAAAUCUCUUUUUUGAAAAAUGGGGAGAAAAGAACAAUUGGAAUUUUUUUUAGUGUCAGCUGAAAUACUACAUCAAUGUGUCUAUUUUUUUACCUGGAUUAGAUUUAUGAGUUUAAUUAAAAUUUUGAUAGUUUGCAAAAUGCUGCUAAACAAUCUGUGGCAGGCAAUACCUAACCUGUCCUUUCUUGGCUACCAUCGACACACAUUGUACUGCUGACUUUUCACCUACGUGUUUGCAUGUGGGAAUGUGUCUGGCUGAGGGAGAGCUGGAAGGGCUCUUGCCAUACUGAGCUUUAGGAAAAUUCCUGUCACACUUGGGAGCGAGCCUAUUUAAAUGGUAAUGGUCAGUGAUUUCACCUAAUUAGUAAGGGAAACGUUAAGAAACUAUGCAGGAUCGUUAAGGUCUAUUCACCUGACAUUGCUGGAGGGUUUGAAGUGAAACUGCUCUCAUGGACUAUGUCUGCUUUAGGAAAAUAGCUGCCCUUGUAACACUGGUUAAAAACAAACAAACAAACAAAAAACAAAACAAAACAAACGACACCACAACGAAACAAGAAAAAAACCCAAACAGAUAGUGAUCUCCUAAAUCCUACCAUAUAGAUAUCAGUAUGACAGGUGAUAACUUAGUGCCGAUGGAAUUUGGAUUUCAAGGGUUAAAUAUCUUCUCUGGAGGGAGGCUUGUGCCUCCCCUUCCAUGAAGAAGGGGUUUGCUGCAGAAGUGCUCCAGCUCUGCCUGCACGUAGGGCUCACCCGCUGCCUGCUACCACAGGCACUCUACCCAGGGAACCCGUUUUUUCUAAGGAGAAAUAACCGAAACCAGAAGAGUUCAUACAGUUUAUCUGGAGAUGUGGUUGUGUCUUGCUGAAGAAGGAAAUAAAGUGACAGCUUUUCCAAGGUAUUUCCAAGCUUUUCUCUUUGCAAAUGGGCUUGGAUUAUACUGGAGAAAUGUCGCUUAGCAAUCACUCUAGCUAUAUCCAAAUUAUACAUGAACUUGUCAAGACAAUGGAUGAAAUUCAGUCCAUUACUUGACCUCUUUUUCUGUAACCAUACUGCUUCAUGUAGGGCAAACUUGACUUCCAUAAAACACAUCUUUUCCAUGUCUGAGACAUUAAGGUGUUUCUAAGAUUUUCAACAUAGUUAGGUAAGAAGAGAAAUAGCUAGGCAACAAGGCCACAAACAGCAUAUAUGUAGUUCCUUCUUGCAAAAUAUACUUGAGGGGCAUAAUUUGUUAAGUCCUUAUCCUUAAGUACUUGUGAAGGACUGAUAGUUUUCCAUGCAAAGGUAGAAGAAUCCAGUUGCCUCACUAUUCUUUAUCAGCCUCCAGCUGCCCUAUAUGUAAGCCUUACCACAGAUUGCCUAUCGCCCUGACAUUUUCCAGGGUUCUAGCCCUCCCUGACUGUUCCCUUUCAGUUGCCUGUGCUGCUGUUCCUCCUCACGCACCUUCCCUAGAACAGACGGCAGAUGCUGCACCAUGCGAUCCAGUGCAAAAGGACACACAGAGAUGAGAGGGGAAGUGCCAAAAGCAAUAGCAAUGCAAAAGGAUUACUUUCUAAAAUUAACAAAAAUUUCUUAGCAGAAGACUGGUCGUUGCUCUCAGUAAGUGAAUCGUUUACACUGGAUUGCUUCCAUGUGCCUCUGUGCUGUGCUUUGUCAUCUAGACUGCAGGAAGCUCUUAUCUAUCUGAGACCCCAGCAAUCAUCUUCUCAUUUCAGCAUUUAUUGCCUACCUGGCUCAUCAACAGUUAUGUCCAGAAACUAUUUUCCAAAGCAUGACUUUCCGUCUGGAAAUAAUAAUUUGCUGUGCCCUUAGGGAAGCUCACACAUCCGCCCGAGUUAUCCCCAGCCUGUCCAACGACAGCAGUAUCACAUGCUCCAAAGCAAACUUGCUAAGCCUUCCUGUAAUCCUCCUGAAGAUGCCAAUCUUUAUUUUACUGAACGCUUUCACAGAAAGAUAUUUUAAAGUCAUGUUAGCUCAACAAACAGAUUUUGUGGACUUGUUUGAAUUGAGCAUUAUAUAUUUCCCUGCUCUGCUGUUGUCAUAAGUGUAACAUCCUCAAUUCUUUCUAAUCAUUAUGAAUGUCAUCUGUGACUACUGCCUUCUCCUAUGUAGUCCAAAGCAAAACGAUCUUGCAGUCAAUCACUACUAGAAUAGGUCCUUUUGUUAUGGUCCUUGAGGUUUGAAAGCAUGAUCUGAAUAUGGCUAUUUUUGAGGAAAUAAUUGUUCAAUUUCACCCCUGGCUGCAAAAGGAUAUCCUCAGUACUUGAUCCACCAUGGGCAGCAUUCGUGGAGAAAGCACUUGGUAUUCUACGAAAAGGGAAACAAGGUGGGGAAAAGGCACUGCCCUGGCAUGCUUACCACUCAGCUGCAGACGUUUAGGGCUGAAGCAAGCCAUCAGAUUGCCUUUAAAGCACUCUAGGAUAUGAAUCAUCUGUUUCCUAAUGUCUGUCUGAGCAUACAGUGAACUACACCAGGGAAGUGCCUAUUUCUUACCGUAAAUCUAAAUGGACAGUCUCAGUUUUUGUUCAGAUUAUACAUUGAUAUUAGGUGAAGGAAAUUUCACUCUGAAUGUUUCAUCUGUCUUAAAGAGAUUGCUAGGUUAGAUUAUCAGCCUUGCAAAUAAUAUUUGGAGGUCCUGACCAGAAGGGCACUGGGGAGCGCACUCUUGCGAACCAGGAGUGCUUAGAGCAAGAGGAAGGGCCUCUGCAGCACAGGAGGGUGAAGUUUCUUCAUCUAGGUAUUAGCAAUACAAGAAGGUUUAAGUGAAGGACAAACAUUCAGGAAACAGGAAUUACUUAUCCUGAAUGCGUAAGAUGGAAAAGAAAUUUACAGACUGCAGAAGCAUCCAAGACAGCUUGUAGUAAUGAGUGAAUUAGCAGAAUCUGGAUUUUUUUCUUGGAUGGCACGAGGGGAACUUUAGACAAGGAGUUAACAUUUUCAGGACUCAAAAUAAAUAAUGUCUUUGACAAUCCCAUGCAUUGCCUUUUUUUUUAUGAAACCAAACUAAAAAUGGUAAGUGGAGUUCCUAUUUUCACAUCUGCUAUCCAUCUGAACGUACACCUGGCAACGUAGUGUGUGUGUUGCUUCAGAGGAAACUCAACCAAACAACUAUUGCUUUAUACAGCACUAAUGGUCUUGGUUAUAAAUGCAGUACAUGUGUUUUAUUUACUGUAAAUGAAGUGUAUAUCAGCAACGCUGAAUAUGAAAAUCACAUUUUAAUGGGCCACUUUUAUGAUGCUAGAGCAAUGUGAAGAGACAUCUGUAAUGCGAUUUACUUUUUGAUAUUCAGUAAUGUAGUUUUAGUUGGAAUAAACAGGGUUCCCAAUAAAGACUCAAAUGACUAUUUUCUUCAAUUUCUUAUUUCACACAUACUUGGAGACCUGGAGCAACUUUUUCCAUGAAUGCAUGCCAAUCCUUUUGGGACUCUUCCAGUGUUAUGUUUUAAUGUUUUCUCUCUCUCUCUUUUUUUCUUUUUCUUUUUCUUUUCUUUUUUUUAAUAUCUUAGUACCUUGUCAUAAUUAUUUUAUACUGAUACAUUUAGUUGCACAAUGUGAUAAAGUAUAUUGAUUCUGAUAAAUUUGUCUGCACCAUUAAAUAAUCUUUGCAUCUA